AUGUUCGCCGCUCGCUCUGUCGCCCGCGCCGCCCCGCGCCAGGCCCUUGCCCGCGCCCCUGCCCGCGCCGGCCGCCGCAAUUACAGCUCCGAGAGCCCCAAGCAGUUUGCCGGUGCCGAGGACAACGAGUUCAACCGCGAGCGUGCCCACAUCCAGCAGCACGCCGGCGAGUCUGGCGAGUUCUGGCGCAAGCUUUCGCUCUACGUUGCCGUCCCCUGCAUCAUCGUCGCCAGCGUCAACGCCAAGGUGAGGUGGGAUGCCCACUGGGAGCACGUUGCCCACGAGGAGCACGAGCACCCCCGCUCUGAGAGGCCCGAGUACCCCUACCAGAACAUCCGCACCAAGAACUUCUGGUUCGGAGACGGUGACAAGACGCUCUUCUGGAACGACAAGGUCAACUACCACAAGAAGGAUGAGUAA